GUGAUCUCGAGGCUGUGUCGCGCAGUUGACUAGUUUAUUUUACUUAAAUUUUCGAAUUCGCACCCAGAUUUAUCAAUAAAUAAAAAGAAAAUGGACGUGCACCCCAGAUGGCUUUUUCAUUUGAUCCUAACUCUGUUAAUCAUCAAAUCAACCCAAUCGCAGGGAACAGAUUGUACAAAUCCAAUCAAUCUAUCAGGAAAAUGUAUGAAUAUUAGAAGUUGUACACCGCUUCUCGAUUUGCUCCGGGUUUAUGGUAGUUCAGUGGGUACUUUUUUACGGAAUUCCAUGUGUGGAUUUGAUGGUCGAGACCCAAAAGUAUGCUGCCCGACAAGUGAAAGUAAUGUUGAUGAGAACGGUAAUGAAUUCCCAACAACACCGUCACCAGAGUCCCCACUACGGAACACAUCCUAUGGCCCAUUAUUUGCUCCUCAAUGUGGCAAAUCUAAUGGCCCAAUUCCAAAAAUCGUUGGAGGAGUUCCCGCAAUACUUGGAACCUGGCCUUGGAUAGCUAUAUUGGGCUACCGAUCAUCUAAGCAUCCGAAUCGGCCAUCAUGGCUUUGUGGCGGAACUUUGAUAUCCUCCCGUCAUGUUUUGACGGCUGCUCAUUGCGUUUAUCUACGUCAAGACCUGUAUAUUGUUCGUCUUGGUGAACUUAAUCUCGACGAUACCGUUGAUGAUGGAGCCAAUCCAGUUGAUAUUUCGAUAGAUAAAGCUACUGUUCAUCCUGAUUACAAUAAUAAUCAAUAUACCGAUGAUAUUGCCAUGAUAAGACUAGCACAGGAUGUUCAAUUUACUCCUAAUUUGCAACCGAUAUGUUUGCCAUUUGUGACGGAACUUAUUGGCAGAAAUUUUGUAAAUUCUAUACCUUUCAUUGCUGGUUGGGGCUCAAUUUAUUACCGAGGACCAUCUGCCGUAGCAUUACAGCAACUUCAAUUGCCUGUAGUUGAACCAGAGGAAUGUGUUAAUGCCUUCAAACGAUUUAAUACUGCGGUUAUUGAUAAUCGUGUUAUUUGCGCUGGUUUUGCUAAAGGCGGCAAAGAUGCAUGUCAGGGAGACAGUGGUGGUCCUUUGAUGUAUCCACUUGGAAAAGCAUUUUACAUUAUCGGUGUUGUGUCCUACGGUUUUCGAUGUGCUGAGCGCGGUAUUCCUGGCGUGUAUACCAAAGUCGGAGAGUAUACCGAUUUUAUAACAUCUAAUCUAGAUUAAAUGUUAUUUGUUCAGCUUAGGUCUUAGAUAGAAAAUUCUUGAAUGCUUAAAUUUAUAUUGAGACUAAAUUUUUAUGAAUUACUAAAAGUAAUCAUAAAAAUAAUAAAUAGAAAUAUAAAUAAAAAUAGUGUACAUAAAUUGUAAUAUUCAAAAGUAAUUUAUUCUAUUUUUAACACAAUUUUCCAUAAAAAAUUUCAUCUUUUAAAUAUUUAUCGCUCAUGGAACUGUAACUAUUUGAAUAAUAGAUCAUUGAUGACUGAACUAUUCGUGGUAUGAUAUGCAAAUUAACCACAUUACUUAUGGUCUUUUUGCGGUUGUACUUAUUAAAUAUAUAAAUAUAAAUUAAGUUUUCCGUACUCAGUAGUUAUGAAUCAUGUUUACUAGCUUUGUCCAAAGAAAAAAUUAAGCAUAAAAUAUGCUCAGACUCGGGAGUGGAAUUUUAAUUUUUUUGACAUUUACAUAUGAUACUCAUAUCAGCAAAUGUUAAACAUUUUUUUUAUUUUUUUAUUUUUUUCAUUAAUUAAAUUAGGGCUAAAAAAUAUUUUUGAAUAAUUGCAC